ACAGACAUCUCAUCAUCGUAGAAGAUAUCAUCGAUACAGGCAAUACUAUGGCUGCCUUCAUACCCGAACUCAAAAAAUAUGAGCCGGCGUCUAUCCGACUUGCAUCUAUUUUGGUAAAGCCAGACGCACUAAAACAUGACAUUACUACAGAUUAUCCAGGCUUCAUUAUUCCCAAUAAAUUUGUAGUUGGUUACGGCUUGGAUUAUGAUGCCAUGACACCUGACGAAAAAGCCUUGAAAAUCGUACAUCGGCUCAUGCUUGGUAAUGAUGCUUUCUCGAAAUGGAUGGGCUUGGAAAUCAUUCAUGUUGCACCUGGAACUUGUACUGUCGAAGCAAAAAUCACGGAUAGCAUGUUGAAUGGUUUUGAAAUCUGUCAUGGUGGCAUCACUUUUUCUAUCGCAGACAGUGCUUUUGCAUUUGCGAGCAAUACACACGGCAUCCAGGCAGUUUCCAUAGAAACAUCUAUUUCACAUACUAAACCAGUACGAGCUGGAGAUGUCAUCACAGCUGUUGCUACUGAAAAAAAUCUAAGCAAAAAACUUGGGAUCUAUGAUGUCGUGCUGACCAAUCAGAAAAAUGAAACCGUUGCCUUAUUUAAAGGUACUGUUUUCAGAACGGACAAGUUGUGGGAUGUU